AUGGCGUCUCAACAGGAAGUGACUUCUGCCAGCACCCAAGAUGGCGGGCGGAACAGGAAGUUUCGUCAUGCCUCACCUAAGAUGGCGUAUCUGCGCUGCCGUAAUUUGACCUUCCAAAGAUGGCGGUGUGGGACAGUCUGGAAGGCUCCUUGUGCCCAAAGGAUCAAGGCAAGUGCAGCUCUGGAAAAGUCUGAAGUAAACCUUGGCCUGUCUUUUGUUGGCUUGUUGAGCUUGGCAGUGGCUGGAGGGAGAAGCAGUGGCAGCUCUUUGCUGGCUGCUUCUUGUCCACCUUCCCCUCAGUCCCCUGGAGCUCCAGGAGAAAUAGAAACAGGAUCCAUAACAGAAUUAUUUGGGGAAUUCCAUACUGGGAAGACACAGCAGUGUCCCAGCCUGGCAGUCACUGGUCAGACCACAGGGGCAGUGAGGGAAAAGCCACAUCCAUGGACACAAAGGGGACCCUCCAUCCAGAGCAGCUCCUGGCCAUGGCUGAAAGAGCCGCGGGCAGAGAUUCCCGCUGGGCUGCGGGCCCGGGGCAGGGCCGGGAGCUCCCGGGCAGCUCCCCCGGCAAUUCCCCGCCGCUCCCCCCGCAUCCCGCCCGGACACGCUGCGGAGAAUCCCGGCGGCCACAGCUGGGAACUCGCUGAAUUGGGAGCAAAGCUGAAGGGUUUGUCCAGCGAGAGAGGCGGUGAUUUACAGAGCAAAGCAGAGUGGCAUUCCACGCCGGGAAUUCGGGAUUUGGGAUGGUCCCAAUCCGUAAUCCAUAAUCUUUCUGCUCGUUUUCUUUCGGAUGCUGCAGCCUGACGGGCUGGGGGAGCUGCUCCUUUCCGUUCCCAUUUAAUUUUCUGCUUUUCAUGAAUUCUCUGUGGAAGUUGCUUUUAACAAAAAGGCCCAGGAGGACAUUGAUGACAUCCCGCAGGCGUGCUCAGACCCAGGAUUGUUCUGGCUGGCAGAAGCUGCACCAAUCUCCCAGGAAUCUCAGUCUGCAUUUUCUUUUCUCCCGGUUCUCCCAAUCCUCACUUUGGGGGUGCAGUGCAGCCCUGCCCUGUCUAUCUCCUAGAAGAGUUUUGGGGUUCAAAGUGUUCUUUUAUAUUCUGCAGUGUUUAUAAUUUCAUUAAAAAGAAUAAAACCAUA